AUGCAUGCAGCCCGCCGUCUCAACCGUUUCGUGCGCCACUUCGAGCCCCUGUCGUACGAGCCACGAACGGUGCACCGAGGCCACGUACGCGUGCGACGAUCACUUGGCGGCAUCCAGCCACAGCUGCAACAGCAGAACCACCAUGUUUAUGUUCGCUUCCAGGGCUUCAAUAGGUUAUUCCACCUGAAGUUGAGACCAGACACGGCCGUAUUUGACAAGGACCUCGUCGUUGAAACUGCGACGUUCGGCAAGGUGAAGCCAGACAUCGGUCACAUCUACAGCGGCGAAGUCGUCGGCGAUCCCUCCAGUCGGGUGUAUGGUGGCCUCCACAAAGGUGUCUUCGAAGGCUCCAUUCAGUCCCGCUGGGGUCGCUUCUACGUCGAAGGGGCACGCAAGUUCUUCGCUCGCCGGAUGCCUUUUCAUUCGGUGAUGUACGCCGCCGAAGACGCCGGCAUCCCCCAGCAAGGGUGGUGCGGCGUCAACGGCGAGACCACGCGAUGGAUGCAGCGGCUGGCCUUUGCCUCAGAACGGACACGGAACACCGAGUUUAAGUCUUCGAAAGCGAAACGCCACAGCGGUGACCACCUAGAGCGCUGGAUCGGCCGGCGCCCCCUAGAGCACCAAGAGCAGUCCGAGGGCUGUUACUCUGAUGGCAAUGUCUACGACGAUGGUGACGUCGACGACAUGCAAGCGGGGAAAGGCUACACGGACCGGAGGCGCCAGUCGAAAGCUGGCGGACGGCCACGGCGAACGUACCGCGUUUGCGGUCUCUACGUCCACAUUGACCACCUGCUGUACCGCCAGUUCGCCAAGAUCGACAACGACGCUGUGCGCACGCGCGAGCGCCUUUCGACCCUCAUCGCCGGUCUCACGGCAAGAGCUUCUGACAUCUUCCGGCACACGGACUUCAGCGGUGUCGAGGACGUCAGGUUCAGCGUGCACAAGAUCAAGAUCAACGAUACGACCAGUUGCCCCAGCAGAAAGAACCCAUUCUGCCUGGACAAAAUGGACCCAUCCUUAUUCCUGCUGACGGCGGCUAAGUCCGCCAACUACGACGAGUACUGCCUAGCAUAUACGUGGACAUACCGCGACUUCGAUUCGGGCGUUCUCGGUCUUGCCUACGUGGGAAAUUCGACAACGCACUCUCUGGGCGUCUGCGACAAGAACAGACUGUUACCGGAGGAUCCGACACAGCCCCAGCUGGGCCUGACGCGCCUAAGCCUGAACACCGGCAUGAUCACGUUUCUAAACUACAACGCCUAUGUGGCCCAGGCGGUCAGCGAGAUCACGUUCGCUCACGAGAUAGGUCACAACUUCGGAUCGCCCCACGACACGCCGGAUGGAAGCCCUUGCGCUCCGGGAAAUAAAAAGAACGGCAACUAUAUCAUGUACUUCAUGGCGAGUUCCGGCCUCGAGCCCAACAACCGCUUGUUUUCCACCUGCAGCAGGGGCAACAUAUCCGAAGUCAUCAAGCCUAUGGUCGAGGGCAAGUCGCCGCGCGAGAAUUGCUUUCAAGGAAAGUGCAGGGAGGCGUGCCUACACGCCAAAAUGAAGGCGGUCUGUGGCGUCAAGAUGUUGCCAGGUGCCAUCUGCGACGGCACCCGUGGUUUCUGCGACGUCUUCCAGAAGUGUCGCCGCUCUGACGAGCAAGGGCCGCUCACAAGGCUGGAGCAGGCGCUAUUUGGUGGCAAGACCAUCAAUACUGUCACGGGCUACAUAAAUCUGGAAGAAGCUUCGGGAGGAGCAUCCCUGGUGUACGCGGGAAGUUCCGGCGCUGUGCACGGAGGCAGUUUUGCAGGAAAGUGCAGAGAGGCGUGCCGACACGCCAAAAUGAAGGCGGUCUGCGGCGUCAAGAUGUUGCCAGGUGCCAUCUGCGACGGCACCCGUGGUUUCUGCGACGUCUUCCAGAAGUGUCGCCGCUCUGACGAGCAAGGGCCGCUCACAAGGCUGGAGCAGGCGCUAUUCGGUGGCAAGACCAUCAAUACUGUCACGGGCUACAUAAAU